AUGAUUGUUAAAAAACUUAUCAGUUUACUAAGACCAUUUGAAGAAGUGAUCAGAGAGUUAAGUGCUGUCGAUGUUUCUAUUUAUUCUGUAAUUCCCUUAAUUGCUACUCUAGAAAAAGUUAUUCAUGAUCUUGAUUCAUCCGAUGAACACAUUAGUGAUACGAUUACCGUCAUAAAAGAUGAGCUUAUUCGCAAGUUUUCGGGUUUAGAGAAUGAAAUAUUGUUUGCCACGGCGACCUUUAUUGACCCAAGAUACAAAGCAAAUUUUUUAAAAAAUACCUCGACUAAAGAGCUUGUCAUAGAGCAUAUUUUAGAUUUGCUCAGAGACAAUGAAACCGACAUAUCUUCCAAUUCACUUUACCCGAAUGCAAAGCGUGUUAGAUUAAAUAAUGAAUGCGAAGAUUACGAAACACACAACAGUCUGUCCUUAAAAGAAACGAUGAGUUUACUGAUGAAUACGAGUGAUAGUGAAGAAGAUGACAUGGCUCUUCCUGGUUUUGAAAACUCUGUCCAUCUUUUAAUCCGUAAAACUGUCACAGAAUACUCAUCGGAAAAACGCGUGGCAGGUGACGUCGACCCUCUAACAUGGUGGAAAGUGAAUAUGGGAAGAUGCAGUUAG